GUCCUCUAGUGUCACAGGGAGAUGCUAAAGCGGUGUCUGACCAGGGAAGCAACCCGCUAUGUACUGGUUUAUAUUCGUGAUCGUGUGUACAGAAUACCUCACCUGUUAAACGGAGGAACGCUUACCUCACCAACGUCAACUUUCUGUGUCGCAAUGAGGUCCACCAGAAUCCAGCUCUGAGGACUAAGAGUCAUGAACUCAGUCUCACCUAGCGCAGCACAAUACGUAGGUGGAGUGAUGCAGGAUGAGCUGGUGGACAGCCGGAGACAGCAGUCCCUGGAGCGGCAGGGCAGCUGUGGUCUCCGGUCACCUCAGACAUCAGAUUCCAACAGAGAGGCAACCGGAGAACCUGAUGAGAUGGACAAACUCAAAGCCAAACUGAUGUCAGCUUGGAACAAUGUCAAAUAUGGUUGGACUGUUAAGUCUAAAACCUCCUUCAACAAGAUGUCACCUGUCACCCUCUUAGGGCAUUCCUAUCUACUCAACAGUGAAGAUGAAGUGGAGUGUUUCCGCUUGGCUUUUGUAUCCAGAAUCUGGAUGACCUACAGGAGGGAGUUCCCUCAGCUGGAGGGUUCCACUUGGACCACAGACUGUGGUUGGGGCUGCAUGCUGCGCAGUGGGCAGAUGCUGCUGGCACAAGGACUCCUGGUCCAUUUGAUGCCCAGAGAUUGGGCUUGGCCAGAUGCUCAGCAGCUAACGGAUGUGGACUUUGAGGUGUUUCGACCUCGUUCCCCAGCCCGGGCUGGAGGUGUCCCAAUCCCUUCAUUUGGCUCUCCACAAGGAUCCAACACCCCUGAGAAAUCGCUGCCAGGCAACCAGAAGAAAAGACCUGAGUGUGCAAGGGACCGGCAAGUGGAGCCUAUACACCACAAGCUUGUUACCUGGUUUGGGGAUCAACCCCCAGCACCUUUUGGUGUUCACCAGCUGGUGGAAAUUGGCAAAGGUUCAGGGAAGAAGGCUGGGGAUUGGUACGGCCCCUCUAUAGUGGCGCACAUACUACGGAAAGCAGUGGCUAAAACUUCUGUGAUUCAAAACCUGGCUGUGUAUGUGGCUCAGGAUUGUACAGUGUACAAAGAGGAUGUAGUACACCUGUGUGAUCCGUCACUAAACCAGACUCCCCCUGAUCCAUCUGGUCAAACCUGGAAGUCUGUCAUCAUACUGGUGCCUGUCCGGCUGGGUGGGGAAGCCCUCAACCCGUCCUAUAUUGAAUGUGUCAAGAACAUCCUAAAGCUGGAUUGUUGCAUCGGAAUAAUUGGUGGCAAACCGAAGCAUUCGCUGUACUUUGUUGGCUACCAAGAUGAUCAGCUGCUGUAUCUUGACCCUCACUACUGCCAGCCGGUGGUCGAUGUCACUCAAGCUAGCUUCUCACUGGAGUCUUUCCACUGUAGCUCUCCUAAAAAAAUGCCCUUCAACCGCAUGGAUCCCAGCUGCACCAUUGGCUUCUAUGCUAAGAACAAAAAAGACUUUGAGUCUCUGUGUUCUGCAGUCAGCACGGCUCUGUCAUCAUCAAAGGAGAAGUACCCUAUAUUUACCUUUGUGGAUGGCUGUGGUCAAGACUAUGGACUUGAGGGUCCAAGCAACAAUCACACUGGACCAACAGCCCACAUCCUGCCUCCAGGAAAAAGGGGCAGGGGGAGCAACAGACGAAACAGUGAUGAGUUUGUUUUCUUGUAAGGCUCUGGUGAAUAAGCUUUCCUGUUUACCGUCUGUAGGGGCAAAAGUGGACAUUGAAUUUAAAACAGAAUGACUUGAAUCUGUUAAUGGUACAGCUGCAAUGUGAAUAUCACACUUUUGUGCUUUGCCUCCCUCACUGGUCAACACGGCUGCAGCCAUCACCUCCGUGUGAGAGGAGAUCAUAAGCUAAAAUGUAUUGGUGAGUGAUUUCAAAGUGUAUCAUGGUUAGAAAAGUUUCAAGUACUUAACGUGUCCUUGAUUCAUUUUAUCAGACACCUUGGGGAAAAAAAGACUCACAGUUGAGUUACUUAAAACUCAACUUUGUGAUGUACAUAAUAAUUAAUGAACUCAUUUGUCAGGUGGGGCACAGGGGCUGCCUGACAUUGUUCUUGACUUGUAUUAUUUACCCUCUGCUGUACAUCUCCUUUUUAGUUUUCAUUCUUUAAAUUUAUUUAUCAUGUUCAUGAACGUGUGUUUGCGAGUGAGUAAAUGAGAUGGUGUAAUUUAUUUGUUAUGUCUUUAAUUGUACAAACGUAUUUUGGAGUCAGCUGAAUUGCGUCUUUCAGAAGAAGAGCUCUGAGUACAUUGUAGUGUUGUGUUGUGGUUUGACCUGAAUGUCACACAGAUUGAGUGACAUUGUUUCUAUGGCUGUAAUCCCACACACUUCCAAUUUUGACUCUUUUUUAUUAUUAUUAUUAUUUAUUUAUCACUAAGAAUAUAAAACCUGCUGUUGCAUUUUUCCUGUUGCUUGAAGAAUUACUCAAGGUCUCAGGUUGGGCAUGAAUACUAAUGAUACUUUGAGGUGGAGAUGGAUAUGUAUCUUUUCCUGUUAAACACUCAAAAAGAAGGAUUAUGCCGAUACAUUUGCAAAGUAAACCCUAGAAGAGCUCUCUUUGCUUUAGUACAGGAUCUUGGUUUUACAUACAGACAAGGUAAUAAGGCUCCAACUAAAUGGAUUUCUUCUGGAUUUUUAAACUUCUGUUGCAAUUACACUGUGUUUUCUUUGUCCUUUUUUUACAAGAAGGCUACUACUGCAAGUUGCACUACUGCUGUUCCUGGGUAUGUUGUCCUGAUUAAACUUAAAACACUGGAAUUGCA